AUGGCCUCCACAACAGUCCCCAGACACCUCAACUUCAUAACCGGCAACAAGAACAAGCUCGCCGAAGUCCAAGCCAUCCUCUCAGGUGUCAUUGAGCUGCGAAACCAGAAUGUCGACUUAGUCGAAAUCCAAGGCACAGUCGAAGAAGUGACCAGAGAUAAGGCACGACGAGCCGCUGAAGCCGUAAAAGGCCCCGUUCUAGUCGAAGACACCUGCCUCUGCUUCCCCGCUAUGAACGACCUUCCCGGCCCCUACAUCAAAUGGUUCAUGCUCUCCCUCGGCCCCCUAAACCUGCACAAACUCCUCGCAGGCUUCGACGACAAAUCCGCCCAGGCAGUCUGCACAUUCGGAUACUGCGAGGGACCGGGCCACGAAGCAAUUUUGUUCCAGGGGAGAACGGAUGGAAAGUUGGUUGAGAGUCGAGGAUCUACUGUUUUCGGCUGGGACUCGUGCUUCGAGUACGAAGGCCAAACGUAUGCGGAAAUGGACAAGAGCGAGAAGAACAAGAUUAGCCACAGGGGAAAGGCACUGGAGAAAUUGAAGGAGUGGUUGGCGAGUAAGACCGAGUCCGCUUGA